CAUAGUUGUGAGAACUUCAGAGGUCUAUUAGAGGUCAGUCGGAGUCCUUCUAAUAGCAACUGCUGCAGCACAGGGCCUUUCAGAUAUCUAUACCUCUCCACUUUGGACACAGUCUCAAGCUUUCUUCACACACACUGUGGAACUCAGGCUUUAGAGCAGAACAGCCAUGCAGGCUCAGGAAGUCCUGAGACAGCUGCGGAUUCCCGAGCUGGAUGACGUUCGCCAGUAUGUGCGAGGCUUUCCUACCAACGCACUCAUGGGGAUGGGUGCCUUCGCCGCCAUCACGACCUACUGGUUUGCCACCCGGCCAAAAGCCCUCAAACCGCCCUGUGAUCUCGGUAUGCAGUCGGUGGAAAUGCCCGGUGGAGAACGUGCAAGAAGAUCAGUACUGAAUGACAGCGACGAGCACAUGACGCACUACUACAAUGACGCACGAACAAUUUAUGAGGUGUUCCAGCGAGGGCUCAGAGUAUCAAUUAAUGGACCUUGUCUAGGAUCAAGGAAACCAAACCAGCCCUACGAGUGGCAGACUUAUCAAGAGGUUUCAGACAGAGCGGAGAAUCUUGGCUCUGCCCUCCUUCACAAAGGACACUCUCAUACAGGAGACAAGUUCAUCGGCAUCUUUUCCCAGAACAGACCAGAGUGGACCAUUUCAGAGCUGGCCUGUUACACCUACUCCUUAGUGGCCGUCCCGCUGUACGACACGCUCGGCACCGAAGCCAUCGGCUACAUUAUUGACAGAGCCACCAUCGCCACAGUGAUCUGCGAUGUACCCGAAAAGGCUCGUAUGAUUCUGGACUGUGUCGGUGAAAAAGGACGAACGGUGAAGACAAUUGUUCUCAUGGAGGAGUUUGAUAGUGACUUGGUGACGCGAGCAAAAGAGAGCGGCAUUGAGAUCCUGAGUUUGCAGGAGUUUGAGGCCUUAGGUAAAGCUAACCACCGGACACCAGUGCCUCCCAAACCAGAGGACCUCGCACUGAUCUGCUUCACAUCUGGAACCACAGGAAACCCAAAAGGUGCAAUGCUAACUCAUGGAAAUGUAAUCUGCAACACUGCAGCAUUCAUUAAAAUAACACAGGGCACACUGAAGCCCAGCACUAAAGAUGUGCUCAUCUCCUUCCUCCCUUUGGCCCAUAUGUUUGAGAGGGUGGUGGAGGGUGUCAUCCUCAUCCACGGGGCUCGAAUCGGCUACUUUCAAGGGGACAUUAGACUCUUGAUGGAUGAUCUGAAAACGCUGCAGCCAACAGUUUUCCCUGUCGUCCCACGUCUCCUCAACCGCAUGUUUGAUAAGGUAUUCGGUCAAGCCAACACGCCACUGAAAAGAUGGCUGCUCGAUUUUGCCUUCAGGAGGAAAGAGGCGGAGUUGAAAAGUGGAGUCGUCAGAAAGGACAGCAUGUGGGACAAACUCAUCUUCAAAAAAGUACAGGCGAGUCUGGGCGGUCGUGUGAGACUCAUGAUUACAGGAGCAGCUCCGGUGUCUCCGACCAUCCUGACUUUCCUACGAGCUGCUCUCGGCUGUCAGUUUUAUGAAGGCUACGGGCAGACUGAGUGCACAGCUGGAUGCUCCAUGUCAAUGCCUGGAGACUGGACAGCAGGUCAUGUUGGACCUCCUCUGCCCUGCAACGCUAUUAAACUGGUGGAUGUGGCAGAAAUGAAUUAUCUGGCUGCCAAUGGAGAGGGAGAGGUGUGUGUCAAAGGACCAAAUGUAUUCCAGGGAUACCUAAAAGACCCUGAAAAAACAGCUGAGGCCAUCGACAAGGACGGAUGGCUGCACACAGGAGACAUUGGGAAAUGGCUUCCAAAUGGCACUCUGAAGAUUGUUGACAGAAAGAAGCACAUUUUCAAGCUCGCACAAGGAGAGUACAUUGCCCCGGAGAAAAUAGAAACUGUCUAUAAUCGCAGCGACCCAGUGGCCCAGAUAUUUGUUCACGGUGAUAGCUUACAGGCAUGCCUGGUGGGGAUAGUUGUACCUGAUCCAGACUUUUUACCAAUUUGGGCCAAGAAAAAGGGGAUUGAAGGAUCCUACUCUGAGUUGUGUAACAACAAGGAUGUGAAGAAAGCUAUUCUGGAGGACAUCCUGAAUUUGGGCAAACAGGCAGGACUCAAGUCUUUUGAACAGGUGAGAGAUAUUGUGUUACAUCCCGAGAUGUUUUCUGUCCAGAACGGUCUGCUGACUCCCACUCUGAAGGCCAAGAGGGCUGAGCUUCGGAGCCACUUCAGAGAACAGAUUGAUGAACUUUAUGCCGGAAUUAAGGUCUGAGCUGGGAUUUUAGGACAACAAUAGGAUGGUGACAGUGAUUUAAAGCACAAAGCCAGAACCAAAACAUUUAUUGAGGGGAUUUUCCUCACAUUUUCUGCCAGUGAAAUCACUUUUGUGGGGAUUACUUUGAAACAAAUUAGACAAUGACUCUUGGGUUUAAGUAUGGAUCAUCCCCACUUUUAUUAGUAAUUGUACAGCUAUUUUUUCCCCUGCCAACACUGGCUGAUUAGUGAAGAAGAUCCCAGAACAUCCUCAUUGUGUUACUGGUACAAUUCAUCCAAGAAUCAGGGUUAAAUAUCACGAGGGAGAAUUGUGACUCGAUCAUGCUGUUACUGCCAUUAUGUCUGACAAUUUAAUGGUCAGAAAAAUCAAACUCCUGCAAACAUUUCUGCUAGUUUUUUGCUUCUUUUUCCUUGGGAGCAAUGGGAAGAAAAUCCUGUCGAAAUGCUUUUACAACAGUGACAAAUAUUGGCUAUUUAUAUACCAGGAUAUUUAAAUGUUUUGGUAAUCUAUUUAAGUUGAUAUUUAAUGUAAUCAUGAAACAUGUAAAUAGUGUAUCUGCUGGAAAAAGUAUAUUUGUAUACAGAGUGUCUUGCCUGAUACUGUGUAGUUGUAAUUCCCUGCAUUCCCAUGUUUCUCAGUGCUGCAGGCUGAAGGACUGACUGGAUGAACCUGUUUUUUGUGCAGAAUUUAGUUACAGCUCAUUGGGAAUUGUGUUGCUUGACAGAUUUUGUGCUUUUUGUUUUGGGUGUUUGACUUUAACUGCAUGUAAAAAUGUUGAAUGUUGCUAAAACUACGUGUAGUGCCUCCUUUUUAAAAGCCCUUUCAUAUUUCAGUGCCACAGGUAUCAGGGUAAAACUAAAUAAUAGUCAUUUCUAUGUCGCACAAAUAUUUUGGGGGAAAUUUGUUGUAGCACUGGUAUUACAAAUUAAUUUAACAAUUUAAAUUUUUUUAAAGGAAUUCCACUGUCUUGUCAGCAUUUCACAUCAACUUUUUUUCUUCACUUCAGCUGUUUCACAGAAAGGUUUGUUGUGAAUUCUGGUGUUUUGACUGAACUAUGAUCAUCAUGUAUUUCUAAUCACAUUCAGGACACUUUGGCAGUACAAGCCAUGUUAUUUUUAUGACUUCUAUAUGAAAAGGGCAAAGGUGCAGUUUUGUGCGACAAAUAAAAGUAUAGGAUCAUUGCCAACUGUACCAAAUAUAUUCAUUCUUCAAAACUA